UCGACCGUCUCGCCCCUGUAACACCCUAACUUUUUGCCGCCUCCCACUCCGUUUUCCUGUCUGUCUCCCUUUUUCCCUCCCGUCCUCUUUUGUUCUUCCCUUGAACACGUUAAAAAAUAUACAUAUUAAUUCUUUGCACUACCUACGCAUUCUCUUUCUCUUCUCCCCUGUCUACCUAGUUAAUUUUUGUCGUUUCAGCUGGUUCUGUAACUUCAAGUGCCACUCUCUUCUGAUCGCUCAAUAUCACACCACCAUUUUCUAUACAUUCAUACACAUACAUAUACAUAUCCAUCAUCACCAUCAACAACAUGAAGACUACAGUCUUUGUCACGCUUCUCUCGGCGGCUGCUUCGCUCGUCAGCGCCGGCAUCGUCGUCACGCCUGUUUUUUUUAACCAGAUCGUUGAGAAACUCUCUGGCGAUUGUCCUUUUGGCGUAGUCACUCCUCAAGGUUGCGCCCCUCAACGUGGUUAGAGACUGAGCUCUCUAUCCGGUGGUUGAUUCGAUCAUAACGCUGGCUUUGGUGUUUUCGGACAGUUCUAGGAACUCUUCUCUUUGUAUGUGUUAAAAGGCUUGAGCAGAUAAGAAUCUCAUAAUAUUUAAGCGUGUCCUUCAACCUCCAAAGCGUCUCCAUCCUGCACGAGUAAUACUAAGCUCAUUGAAUUCAAGCUUGAACUGAACAUACCACUGACUAGGUCACAUUCUUUUCUCCUGGCAGGUUUAAACCCUCCAUGUCAUGUUAAGGCUUUGCUUGCUCGACGUCUUGAUCAUUCCCGUUCUUAUCUAUAGUUCGUAGCAUAGCACCCUCCGAAGAAAUUUAUUAGAAAGUCUACACAUAUGAAGCCACUCUAGCCUCAUCUGGAUGACAUUCAUUCAUGGCCUG